AUGGAGGCGCUCCUCUGCCACAAGCUUGGCGACCCCGCGCUCCCGACCUCCGAUCCCUCCUCUCCGAUCGCCGUCUCCGCCUCCCACCCGGUCCCCGCCCUCGCCUCCCCCACCUCCGUUAGGGUUCGGGUCCGCGCCACGAGCCUCAACUACGCCAACUACCUCCAAAUCCUCGGCAAGUACCAGGAGAAGCCCCCACUCCCCUUCAUCCCCGGCUCCGAUUACUCCGGCGUCGUCGACGCCGUAGGCGACGCCGUGUCCUCGUUCAAGGUCGGUGACAGGGUCUGCUCGGUCGCCGCGCUCGGAUCCUUCGCCGAGUUCAUCGUCGCCGACGAGAAGGAUCUAUUUUUAGUGCCUGAGGGAUGUGACCUUGUUGCAGCUGGAGCCUUACCUGUAGCAUUUGGUACUUCGCAUGUAGCUCUUGUUCACAGAGCACAAUUGAAGUCUGGUCAGGUACUACUUGUUCUUGGUGCUGCCGGUGGUGUUGGGCUUUCGGCUGUGCAAAUAGGGAAAGUUUGUGGUGCUGUCAUAAUUGCUGUUGCUAGGGGAUUGGAAAAGGUGCAAUUUCUCCAGUCACUAGGAGUUGACCAUGUCGUUGACUCAAGCAAGGAAAAUAUUAUAGAAAGCGUGAGAAAUUUCCUCAAGACAAGAAGGCUUAAAGGAGUCGACGUUCUGUAUGAUCCGGUGGGUGGCAAACUAAUGAAGGACAGCAUGAAGCUUUUGAACUGGGGUGCUAAUAUUCUGGUUAUUGGAUUUGCUAGCGGUGAAAUACCCGUCAUCCCAGCAAAUAUUGCACUUGUGAAGAACUGGACUAUUCAUGGACUCUAUUGGGGUAGCUACAAAAUACAUCGACCCUACGUUCUUAAUGACUCUCUCAAGGAGCUCCUCUCAUGGCUAUCAAAAGGAUUAAUAUCCAUUCAGAUUUCACAUGCCUACCGGCUAUCAGAGGCAAAUCUUGCAUUUUCUGCCCUGAAAGAUAGGAAAGCCUUGGGCAAGGUGAUGAUCGUCAUGGAAAAUUCGUCAAUGAGAUCUAAACUUUGAAUGUCGUGCACAUGAAGUAGAAGCAUCUAGGGGCAGUGUAAGUGGUUACUUGGCCUUCCGUAAAUGAGUUUGUAAUCGAAUCCUUGAUCAAAUGUAAUCGCCGCACUUGUCUGAUAGUUUGAAUUGCGGAUGCUUCCCCAAAUAAAAAUGUCGAAUAAUAGUGCUUUUUCUGUUUGGUGGCUUGGGAGACCACUGUUCAAUCAAGCCAACAGGGACUAUGUAAUUGAAUGUGUUAAUAGCAUAAAUAAUAGUUAUUGCAGUUGUUGUUGUGAAUUUA